AGAAGAAAUGUUGAAAAGGGGCAAGAAGAGGGAUGCCAGCAAGGGAAAGUCCGAAGGCGACGAACGUCCGAAGAAGAUCACUUUGAAUGCCGGGAAUGAGUGGGAAAAGAAUGUGAUUUGCGAGCUGUCGAAGAAGCGGAAAGUGUUGGUGAGGAACUGGGAUGGGAAGGCAGUGAUGGAUAUUAGGGAGUUCUAUUUGGAAGACGGAAAGGAAUAUCCUACCGGAAAUGGUUUAUCAUUUUUCAUGGAUCAGUGGAAAAUCCUUAGAGAUCAUGUCGAUGAAAUUGAUAAGUUGAUGAUGCUUCAUGGUGGCGACAACGACCAAAUAAUAGAACCUCGUUAGGAUCGGAUGUGUUUUUGUGUUUUUUUCCUCGGAAAGGAAUGAAUUUUAUUCUUCUCCUUUAAUUAAUAUCCGAAUAAUAACUUCCCAUGCUUUUUGAUAGUUUUGUUUGGCUUGCUCAGAUUCCAUGUUCGCACCUACAUUUAAUAUUAAUAAGUACGUGAUUUCUCAUGGUCAUUUUUUAUUGCUUCCGCAGUCACAAAAUGUGUAUUGUGUACAUCAUAAAGUUGGUUUAAAACUUUAAAU